UUUGUCAAGCCAGGAAAGAUGGCGGCGCUUGUGGGGCUGCGUGCGUGUUUGUCCGCCCUUCAGCUUUCUUCACCAAGCCUCCUGCACAGCUCCUUCAAAUUGUGUGCUGUGCCUCUGAGCCGGCGAACCUUCGCUGCGGAGGCGAAGAAGACGUACAGCAGAGACAAGCCCCACGUAAACAUCGGGACGAUCGGCCAUGUCGAUCAUGGCAAAACCACCCUGACGGCAGCCAUCACAAAAGUGCUCGCUGAUGCUGGUGGUGCCCGCUACAAGAAGUAUGAGGACAUUGACAAUGCCCCAGAGGAGAAAGCCAGAGGAAUUACCAUCAACGCCUCGCAUGUAGAAUACACCACAGCCAACAGACAUUAUGCUCACACAGACUGCCCUGGACACGCUGACUACGUCAAGAACAUGAUCACAGGCACAGCUCAGAUGGACGGCUGCAUUCUGGUGGUGGCAGCCACUGACGGCCAGAUGCCUCAGACACGUGAGCACCUGCUGUUGGCCCGGCAGAUCGGCGUAGAGCACGUGGUGGUUUUCAUAAACAAGGCAGAUGCUGUGGAGGACAAGGAGAUGCUGGAGCUGGUGGAGAUCGAGAUCCGCGAGCUGCUCACAGAGUUUGGCUACGACGGCGAGAACACACCCGUUGUGAUUGGCUCUGCACUGUGUGCUCUGGAGAACAAAGCUCCUGAGCUGGGCGUGAAUGCAGUGAUGAAACUGCUGGAGAUUGUGGACUCUUAUGUUCCUCUGCCCAAAAGAGAGCUGGAAAAACCUUUCCUUCUGCCCAUUGAAGGGGUUUAUUCAAUCCCAGGCAGGGGUACGGUUGUGACGGGCACUCUGGAGAGGGGCGUCAUCAAGAAAGGAGACGACUGUGAGUUUGUGGGUCACAACCGCAGCUUCAAGUCUGUAGUGACAGGUAUUGAGAUGUUCCACAAGUCUCUGGACCGGGCAGAGGCAGGAGAUAACCUGGGCGCUCUGGUCCGAGGCCUGAAGAGGGAGGACGUGAGGAGAGGGAUGGUGAUGUGCAAGCCAGGGUGCAUCAUGCCUCACCAGAAAGUCAGAGCUCAGGUCUAUGUACUGAGUAAGGAGGAGGGAGGCAGACACAAGCCGUUUGUCACCAACUUCAUGCCCGUCAUGUUUUCUCUCACCUGGGACAUGGCCUGCAGGGUCACUUUACCUGCUGACAAGGAAAUGGUGAUGCCAGGUGAGGACACCUCAUUGAUGCUCACUCUCCGCCAGCCGAUGGUUCUGGAGAAAGGCCAGAGGUUCACUCUGAGAGACGGAAACAGGACCAUCGGCACCGGGCUGGUCACAGAGAUUAUGACCACUACAGAUGAAGACCAGUGCAACUGGGGCUGAGGAGGGCCUCUGCAGAGGGCUGGGCUCGGGGAUGGAGUGGGUUGAGGGGGUGUGUCAGGCAGGAGGUUGAAUGUGUGGCUGUCUGUGUCUGGUCAGAUCGAAUAAUUAUAGAAAUACAAAUGAACAAUACAUAAACACACGCAGAUGAACAGGAUUCAGGAGAGGACUCGCAAAAACGCAUGGCUCUGUUGUGCAGGUCCGCCCGACUAAAACACCUGUGAUGUUCCACUGUCAGUCAACAUUAUGUCAUUUAUGUAAUAAAAUGUAUUUAAUA